AUGGACUCAGAAAAUUCGCUCCCUGACAGGGGUACGCCCCUACCUUUGCCAAGCAACAUCGAUAGCCAUGCAAUCGACGAUGAUCAACAGUCGCAAGAUCCAGCGCAGUUGCACAAUCCAGCGGAUUCAGAAGGCUUGGCGCAAGAUAGCUCUGACCCGCCACCUCAGAGCAUGACGGACGAAGGUAUGGACCUCUUUGGCCAUGAAAGCUGCAGUCUUCCUAGCUUCGCUGCAGAGGUCCAAGAGGACGACCCAACAUUAUCAGAUGAGUUGACCGAGGCUGACAAGGUCACCUUAGAUUCCAUUGCCCACCAAGCCAUGCUCAGCGCCAGUCUGUCUGACGGGUUGGCAUUGCCCUGGGAGUCUGGCAUCAUGGCAAGCAUCUUUGGCGAUGCACCCCUUGUACAAGAGACCGCACUGCCGAAGGUCUCCCAGGCGCUUGACCCCUCAGAGUUGGGACAGCAAAGUCGGCGUGGACAGGUCGAAGGGCCGUCAAAGCGGCAGAGAACAGAUGUGGGUGGCAAUAGACUCUAUGAGAGAGCUAUCUCCUUCAAGAAUACGCUGACCGACCCGGAAAUGGACCAAGCAAAGUGGAGUCGAGCUCUAGAGAAGUUGUACACCGUAAUGGUGUCUGGGCCGGAGAGCUGCCCGUCGAGCAUCGCCUUCAGCUCGGAAGACGUCGAGAGAAACCUGAGGCAAAUACGCCUACUGUGCGGAGCCAGGAGCCCAAAUACUGUGGCCAAGAGGGCAAAUAGCCUUCUGCAAUUCUGCCUGUGGCACAGAGGGUACUUCUAUAGAAAGCACCCAAUUCCAUUUGUGCAGGGGGACAUCGCUGACUAUGUGUGGGAGAAGCACCAGGAUGGAAUGUCCUACACUGGGCUGACUUCCUUCGUCGAAGCUGUGCAGUUUGGCACACAUGUAUUGGGGCUCCCUGUGGCCGACCCUGAGAGCCCUACCAUUUCGGCCUUUGUAAAAGGCCUCCUUGAUAAAAUGGCUCUCUCCAGACCCAAAAGAAAACAAGCAAGACCGCUCACCGUCCCAGAGGUGACAUUUCUAGAAUCAAUGGUCAAGGAUCAGACAGUGGAUCCCAUCGACAGAUAUGCUGCAGGAGCCUUUCUUUUUGCAGUGUUUGGGCGGUGUCGCUGGUCGGACCUCAGGUAUGUUAGCCAUUUCUUCUUGGAUGUGAACAACAUAGAAGGCAAGACCAUAGGGUAUUUGGAGUUUGCCACUUUUUCGCAUAAGACUGCAGCUCAAGUGGCGAGACAUGGUAUGCCCCUUCCUUUGGUUGCUCCUAUCUGGGGUCUGACAAACCCGUGCUGGGCCUUAGAAUGGUGCAAGCUAGCGAAGGAGGUUGAGCUCAAUUUCGACAACAGUUUCAAGGGCCCUAUCCUGCCAGCACCGGACACGUCAGGGAGAUGGAACAAGAGAAGCGUGUCAGCUUCGGAAGCGACGAAGUGGUUGCUUGAGCUGCUCAAACAUGGGGACUUCAACCUUGAUGAGGUGACUUCGCACAGUCUGAAGUGCACGACGCUCUCUUGGCUUGCUAAAGCCGGAACGGAGCCUCACCACCGUUUGGUGUUGGGCCAUCACAGUACCCAAAAGGGCUCAUUGGAAACAUACUCGCGGGAUAUGUUGGCGGCACCACUGCGUGCACUGGAGGAUGUCCUUCGGCGCAUUCGAGUGGGGGUGCUCCAUCCCGACAUGACCCGAUCGGGACACAUUCAGGAGCCCAACAAGCCAGACUGUGCAGAGAACACCGAAGAUAAUGAAGGCGCCAACAGCUCCUCCUCCUCCGACAACAGUUCCUCCUCUUCUAGCUCAUCGGGAUCAGACUCGGAGAACGAAGCAGCAGAGAACCUGAUCGCUGUAGGACUCAGCUCAGAAGAGGUGCAAGCCAUCCUAGACAAUAAUGUCGUGUCCAUUGCUCAGAUGGCUUUCGCCAUAGCACCCCCUGGGACUUCGCCAACAGAACAGCAGGUCCGAGAUUUCUACCAGGAUCGAACUGCAGUCAACAUGGGCACUAUCACGUCGACUAAGUUGUUGGUCUUCGAGUCUCACACCCUGGUCGUUGCCAACAUCAAAUCCGAAGUUGGGAGAAAGGACGAUGUUAGUUCUCACUGUGUCCUGCCGACAGCCGAAAGAGACAGGCGUGUGCUGGACCAGCAGAGGCAACAAGAGCUGAUUUCUGUUAUGAGGGACAUCCUCACCAGAGGGUUUCUGCCCCGGGCUGAAGGCGAGCGACUGCGCGGCAGAUUGCAAUUUGCCUCAAACCAGUUGUUCGGUCGCCGAUUUAGAAACUGCUUGAAGGACUUGAAUACCCACAUAUCAAGGAGCUUUAGAGCCCUUUCCAAGGAACUGUCAGAGUCUCUGGAACUCAUGGUGGAGAUGAUCACUGAGAAUGCACCACGGCAAGUUGAUGUCAACUUCCUGGACUGGACGCACGUUUACGUUGAUGCAUCCUUCGACCCCGAUGGGUAUUCGGGCAUAGGUGGCUUGAUUCUCAAUUCCUUUGGCCAAUGUUUGGGUUGCUUCAGUGAAGAAGUCCCUCAAUCCUUGGUGGACAAGCUCAAAAAGGAGGACCAGAAGACGGUGAUUUUUGAACUAGAAGGUUUGGCCAUAGCUGCAGCCUUGUACACGUUCAAAGAUUUCGUGAGGGGCAGAAGAGUCGUGAUUUUCACGGACAACCAGAGUGCCCAGGAAGAGUUAGGGCUGGUCUCCUGGAUAGAGCGAGUGCCGUCCCAGUCAAACCCAGCAGACGAGCUGUCCAGGGCUAAAAUUUACAGGUAUGCAGGUAUCGAUGCCAAGCAAGUUGAUCUGCUCAGAUGUUGGGCGGAAUGCACAAAGGAGAUGAACGUAAGCCUGUCUCAAGUGAGAGGGGGAGAGACGCGAGACAGAACUUGA